AUGGAGAUCAACGGCGAAUGGAUCGGGCCCCAGAGAUCGUUUACCCACCUGCCUGUGAAAGUAAUCCCAUCACACGCAUUUGAAGGACUUAGGGAUGCCUUCAUCAUUGAAAUCUCCCAGAGUGACUCCCUGGAGAGAAUAGAAGCCAGCGCUUUUGACAGCCUUCCCACUCUGUCUGAAAUAUUAAUCCUGAACACGAAAAAUCUGUUGCACAUCGAGGACGGAGCAUUCAGAAACCUUCCAAGGCUAAAAUACUUGAGCAUUUGUAACACUGGAAUAAGACAAUUUCCAGACCUGACACAGAUCUUCUCAUUAGAAGCUCAUUUUAUUUUGGAGCUCUGUGAUAACUUGCGUAUGACAACUAUACCCCAAAAUGCUUUCCAGGGAAUGAACAAUGAAUCGCUGACACUCAAAUUGUAUAAGAAUGGAUUUGAAGAUAUCCACAGCCACGCCUUCAAUGGGACAAAGCUGAAUCAAUUAAUCCUGAAGGACAAUAAGAACCUCAGGUGGAUACACAACGACGCCCUGAGAGGGGCCACAGGGCCAGAUGUCCUGGAUAUUUCUUCAACGGCGCUGGAGUCCCUGCCUAGUUACGGGCUCGAGGCCAUUCAAGUCUUAAAUGCAACAUCGUCUUACUCGUUAAAGAGACUGCCACCGCUGGAUAAAUUCAGCAGCCUUCUGGAAGCUGUGCUAACGUACCCCAGCCACUGCUGUGCUUUUCGAAACCUACGGACAGAAAAACAAAAUUCCUUGCUUUCCAUUUUCGACAACUUCUCCAAAGAAUGUGAAAGCACCAUGCGGAAACCAGCUAAUGACAUACUCUACUCAGCCGUUUUUGAUGACGGUGAAAUGACCGACUUGGACUUUGAGUAUGACUUUUGUCAGCCAAAGAUACUCACGUGCACUCCGGAACCAGACGCGUUUAAUCCCUGUGAAGACAUCCUGGGAUACAGCUUUCUCAGAGUGCUGAUCUGGUUCAUAAACAUCCUUGCCAUCGCCGGCAAUUUCACUGUGCUCCUCGUGCUUGUAACUAGCCAUUACAAGCUCACUGUUCCUCGCUUCCUCAUGUGCAACCUCUCCUUUGCCGAUUUUUGCAUGGGACUGUACCUGCUGCUCAUCGCUUCGGUGGACGCCCAGACCAGCGGUCAGUACUACAACCACGCCAUAGACUGGCAGACGGGCAGCGGCUGCGGCACCGCCGGCUUUUUCACCGUGUUCGCGAGCGAGCUCUCGGUGUACACGCUGACGGUGAUCACCAUAGAGAGGUGGCACACGAUCACCUACGCCAUGCAGCUGGACCGCAAGCUGCGCCUGAGGCACGCCGUGCCGAUCAUGCUUGGCGGCUGGAUCUUCUCCAUUCUGAUAGCCGUGCUGCCACUCUUAGGGGUCAGCAGCUACAUGAAGGUCAGCAUUUGUUUACCCAUGGAUAUUGAAACGGGUCUUUCCCAAGCCUACAUACUGCUAAUCUUAGUGCUAAACGUUGUCGCCUUCAUCGUCAUUUGUGCUUGCUACAUUAAGAUUUACAUAGCUGUGCAGAACCCGGAGCUGGUAGCUGCCAAUAAAGAUACCAAGGUCGCCAAGAGAAUGGCCAUACUGAUCUUCACGGAUUUUACCUGCAUGGCCCCCAUCUCCUUUUUUGCCAUAUCCGCUGCCUUUAAAGUACCUCUCAUCACAGUGACAAACUCCAAGAUCUUGCUGGUUUUAUUUUACCCCGUCAACUCCUGUGCAAACCCGUUUCUCUACGCAAUUUUUACCAAAGCGUUCCGAAGGGAUUUCUUUCUGCUAAUGAGCAAGCUCGGCUGCUGUAAGAGCCGAGCAGAGCUUUACAGGAUGAACUAUUUCUCUGCUUAUAACUCCAACUGCAAGAACGGCGGCUCGGCCACAGCCCCCAGCAAAGCCUCGCAAGCACUGCUGCUCCUGUCGGCAUUAGAGAAGCCGUAUCCUGCAGUACCGCGCAAGAUGUCCUGCAACGACAAUUAA